GCUGUCGAUCAUCAGUGGAUACUCCUGAUAACGAAGAAGAAUGUCGUUCAUCUGGUGGUGUUGUUGUGCUAUGAUUUUAGUGAUUUCUGGCGAGAGCUAUCGGCAGGAUGAUAAGGAAUAUGCGAAGGAUCCGUGGAAGGGAAUACCCAUGGUUUGCUCGGUGGAGGAUCCUAAGAACAUCUCGAUAUCUUGUCAUGGUGUCAGAAUUGUCAAGCGUGUUAUUCAGCAGCUGUUGGAGAGGGCUGCACACGCACCACGCAUUCAAAUCACCGAUGGAAUCAGUAUUAUUCAGCCUAACGAUCGCGACAAGAGGGCCAGAACCAUGAAGAACUCCAUGUUCGGGUUUUUGGAGGGUAGGGAACUCAGGGUGAAACUCCCUUGCUUGCUGCCGGAUAAUUUUGAAAAUGUUGUCAAGGAGAGUUUACCCAGUAGCAGACGUGGCAACGGUGGACUUGGACUUGGAGGUGGCAAAAAGGGAAAUAAUAAUAGCUUCCUAAUUCUUGCUUUGAUGAUGGGGAAAAUGUUGGGUGCCAUGGGUUUUGGUGCACUUGGUCUUCUAGCCAUGAAAGCACUGAUGGUGUCAUCCCUAGCCCUGAUGUUGUCACUGAUCGUGGCAGCUAAGAAAUUCUCAAGCUCCGGUAGCUCCGACGGUGGACAUCACGUUGUUUAUGCCCAGGAAGUCAGCAGUGGUCAUGGGCAUCACACAAAAAGGAGUACCGAUGAUCCAGAGUUCUGGCCGUACAAAGGCUACGCUUAUCUAUCAGCAACCCCCGUAUCAACCUGACGAUAACAAGAGUUUCCAGUGAUUAAAAAAUCACGUGGAACACUCGCGACUCGUGACAUCCAUCAGUGACACCAAACGCCUAAUUUUAAAAUAGUUAAUUCAACUUUUUUAUCUCUUGUGUCUAUUUAUUAAAUCCUCCGAUCCUGAAUAAAUAUAGAU